CUGGAUACCCUUCACUGAAAUUAUUGCAACAAAGCUAACAUCCUUAAACAUACACUCCCUGACCCUUGUACCGAAAAUUCGGAGGGAAGGGGGCGAGUCCAACCACUGAUCUCUAUAGCAUCCACUGGGCGAUUUCCUUGACAGCACGUCCAGAAACUCGAGAGACAGAGCGCGUCCCCUGGAGACCGCACGCGUCCACUUCCGGUUGGGCAGAGAGCUGGAAAAAUAGCAACGGCUGAGGAGCACAGCUGGGGAAGGAGGAGGCCAGGCUGGAGCAAAAGCGAGUCGCUGUGCAGAGGAAUGGGCGACGUUUGAUCGGAGAAGGUUCUCUACAAACCAGGAGAGAAGUCAGUGAGUCAUGGAGGACUGUGGUAGCCUCAUAGAGUUUGAUGUACCUGAGUUCAGCAACACCGUCCUGAACCAGCUUAAUGAGCUCCGUCUCCAGGGCAAGCUGUGCGACAUCAUUGUGCACAUUCAGGGCCAGCCGUUCCGAGCCCACAAGGCUGUUUUGGCUGCCAGUUCACCAUACUUCCGCGAUCAUUCAGCACUAGGCACAAUGAGUGGCCUCUCUAUCUCCGUAAUCAAGAGCCCUGAGGUGUUCGAGCAGCUGUUGGCCUUCUGCUACACUGGUCGCAUGGCAUUGCGCCUACGUGAUGUCAUCAGUUUUCUCACGGCUGCCAGCUUCCUCCAAAUGCAGGCUGUGAUUGACAAAUGCACACAGAUUCUUGAGGGUAUUCACUCCAAAAUCAGCAUCCCAGUGCCUGGUGGGACUGAUCCAGAUGAUGAUUGCACCACCUUAAGGUCUGGACCCAACGGUGUGAAAGACGCUGGAAUCUUUGUAAACCCCACCCAGAUUUCGCCACCCUACUAUCCCCGCCAGAAUCAUUGCGCGGAAGGGCGGAGCUCAGGUAAGGGGAUGGCGGAGGAGGGUCAGUCAGACCGAGGGAGCAGCGACGGAAUAUCUGAGCAGGAGGUGUCCAUGGAGGUUGAGUCGGAACAGAUAGAACUCAUUGGGAAGGAUGGGCAGGUGACUGAUGUCCAUAUCAAGCUGGAGAAAACCGACCGGCCCAGCUACUCCGAUAGCUCGUCGGCAGGUGACGACGGCUACCACACAGAGCUAGUGGAUGGUGAACAGGUAUUGGCUGUCACCGUGGGAUCGUACGGGCCUGUGCUUUCGUCUGCCAGAUACACUUACUCGGCACUACCUUCCUCCUGUUUCGUCAGCCUGAGUUCCUCUAGCCCAUCUCGUUCCUUGCUCAGCAGUGUCCGGGGUGGUCGUGCCCGACCAAAACGUCCCAUGCCUCUUCCAGCCGAUCUAAUAACUCAGCUCAAGCCUGGUGCCGACGAAGGAGAUCCACCUGCGACGGCAACUACCUACGAAAACGACGUAAGGGAGCGAUGUUUCCGCGGACAGUGGUACCCCUACAACGAGCGCCUCAUCUGCAUCUACUGCGGCAAGUCCUUCAAUCAAAAGGGCAGCCUGGACCGUCACAUGCGUCUGCACAUGGGCAUCACGCCCUUCGUCUGCAAGUUCUGCGGCAAGAAGUACACCCGCAAAGAUCAGCUGGAGUACCACAUCCGCGGCCACACGGACAACAAACCCUUCCACUGCCAGAUCUGCGGCAAAUGCUUUCCCUUCCAAGGCACACUCAACCAGCACUUGCGCAAGAAGCACAUGAUCUCUGGCACAGAAGUUAAUAAUCACACUGACUUGCUGGGUGAGGCACCAGAUGGCCAGAGAGGGGAGCAAGAGGAUACCUCAGAGGGCGAAGUAGCCUGCGGAGCAGCGUACCCUGAUGAUUUGUCGACAAAAACCCCCAGUGAAGAGAGUGGCAAGUGUAGUCCGGAAGAAACUCCUGCGUCCAAACCCCUGCGUGGAUAUUAAGUAUAUUAAAUUACUUGGUUGUUUGUCCUACUUAUCUAAUAAGGAAGCUUAAAGGGUUACUCUUUUCAUGAUUAAGCCCAGCUGUUUUUAAAGAACGACAAGAAAUAACCUGCCUUGCGCAUUUUCUACUCGUCCAUUUUUGUGGAAGUUCUACACAGGACUAAGACAGAGAGAAAGAGUUUUUAAGGAGUUUUUUUUCAAAGGGAAGGAGUCCUAUAAUCGGGGAAUUAAAUAAUCGGGGAGGUGGUCUCUGUAAUCAAGGCCUCCUAAGAGUUUUAUCACAUUUUUAUAUAUCUAUAUAUAUAUUUCCAUGUUUUUCAACAUAUUUACAGAGUAAUAUAGGCAUGUUGCAAUAAUGAAUAAUGUGAAAGCUCAGAUGAGAUGCUUGUCAUAUCACGCUUUUUACCUGACCUGUUUUUGCACAUGUGGCCUGUAUUGGGUCACUCACUCACGAGGAAUGGUUUAUCUGCCAGUGCAAGGCUCUUUGUGACACAUUCAUUCGAUACCUCAUCACACAACCUCAACAUACUCAUAAUGGACAGUAUUUGUAGCUUGUCAUCAACUCCAGCCAGGUUUUACCUCAUAGCAAAGAACCUGAACGGAGGGGAAGAAGCUUCUCUCAAUAAAGUCACGGUUGUUUUGUUUUCAAAGGUUUGGAAUGCCGAGGCAAAACCCUUGAACAAAACUUCUCCACUUUAUACUUCAGUGAAAUAUUCCUUAGUGAUUGUAUGAAUUCUGGAUUAAUCUUGUUCAGUUUUCUCUAGCAGCCAUGUUAUGUAUGUCUAUGAGAAAAUUGCUAGUACAAGGUGUACCUGUGGUGUAUUUUCAGGAUCAAGGAUCUACUACAAAAUAUGAUGCUGUUUUCCUCCACUUUUCAUUAUUAUAAUGCCAUAUUUUUCCUAGAAUCACAGUCUGUCGUUUUGCACUCUUUCUGUAACAUCCAUUUGGUUUCAGUUAUAAUACUUUACUUUUUUUUGCUUUUGUGCCAAGCUUUCUUUCUUUCUUUCUUUCUUUCUUUCUUUCUUUCUUUCUUUCUUUCUUUCUAGACACCGAUGAGAAGGGUGUGCCUUUGUUAUAAAUUAAUAUAUUUGUAAAUGCAUUUCUGAAAGGGGUUCAUUGCAAGAUAUGAAAAUUGCCUUAGGGCCAUACUAUCAUGGGACGAAGGGGGGAAAAAAAUUCUUGGUGAAAUAUUUAUAGCAUUAAUGUCCACACUUGAUCAGUGGUUAAAAUUUCGAACGGCUUUACUUGUGUUUCGCUGGCUCGAAAGAGCUUUAGUUUUUUCUGUAACUUGUGGAACAGACAGCUGUGAUGAUAAAAUCUCUCUUAGGCUUCUCACACUUAAUGCAUCUGUUGAUGUACUGACCAAAACGUAUGUUGUUUCAAUACAGAAAUUAAUAAUUGAAGAAGAUUCACUUACUGCCAGUAUGCUUUUGUUAAUGUUAAAUAGUAUGAAGGUGUAUUGGUUAUGCUGGAGGUAUAGUGUUGGGUUUCAUACUACAAAAGCGCAGUAAUAAGAUAAACCUGCAUUGUCAGUACCACUGUUCUGGGCACUAUUAUGUGUCAAAUAUUGUGAAGAGAGAGCCCUGGACAAUAUCUCAUCCUAUCCAUUUUCACUGUUAUGCAACUGGUGCAAAACGUCAUACCUCACUUUUUUUUUCUUUUCUUUUUUUUUCUUUUUUUCUCCUUUUUUUUGACCUGUGAUUGAAUAAGGCUCCUUGUUGUAUCACAUGCCAAUUUUAGAUACCUUUUGUUAUUUCUUAUCACCACACUGUCUUAUUAAUUCUAACAGAUAAGCGGCUGCAUACAAUGCAAAACAAGUAAAACAGUGUUUCAUCGUGAGCAAUACACUAGACUCAUAUUUUGUAGUCAUCACUACAGUCAAGCAUCUGCCUCCCUGACUGCAAUAUAUUUGAUUUAUAGCUGUGGAUGCUCAGACAGAUUAAAACAUGCCUCGUUCUCUUAAGAUUCAAGUGCUUUCAAGUUGGCUUGACAUACCAUUUGGAUAUUUACUUUACCACACCCUCUAUAAGUUUACUUUAACAACCACCAAGGAUACUUCAUGUAAGCAGCAUACCCUUUUGUUCAGAGACUCUGCGGUAUUAUCCUUCCAGACAACUCCUUAAUUAUGUGAACCACCACCAGUAUCACGCCUUCGGUAGAACUUGUUUCUCAAAGUAAAAGUUAAACUACUCAGUGACUUACAUUUAUGGUGCUUUUCUGUUUUCAGUUUCUGUAGUGUUGCAGUCACUUUCUUUAGUGGUGUUUACUCAACUUUUUUUUUGUUUUUGUUUUUUAAUCUCCAUUUAUAUCACUUUCUCAGCUAAAGUAUUUUCAGAUUUCAAAUUCAACUUCAGCACUGAGGGAAAAGUAGAUUGAAAGGAAGGAAACUUCUGCCAUUUUUCUCUCUGUUUAAAAUCAAUGCUCAAAAUUCAUUUUUUAGAAUACUGGACUAUUUAUAAUGUGCCAUUAAAAUCUCUUCAUGUGCUUGUAUAACUGGCAGAUGAGUGAGAUUGAACCUUAUACCUUUGUUUUACCGGCUCUGAGCUUUGAAUCAAUGGCAGUUUUGAGCCAAAUGUGAAAACUCUAUUACAGUUACCAAGAGCCAAAACGCUCAAUGCCGUACUACUGACAGAGCAUGUUUGGUGUCAUUCUGUGACAUGAGAUGCCAUGUAUGUCAUUUGAAGCAUUGUAAGCCUGACUGCUUUGUUCGCUGAAUAUGUUUAGAUUUGCUCUGUUCCUAUAUCAUAAUGUACCCGUUCAUCUUAGAUGACUUUGGCCACUAACCAAAGAGCAAACCAAAAAUUGUAAAGGGUUUGUGUAGUAUGUUGCACAGCGGACAAGUGAGAGACCAAAACCAAGCCCUGGAACAAAUGAAUCUGUUUUAGAGGUGUCAGCAGAUCUUUUACGUCUCAUUUCCCAGCGUCAUGCUGUCAUUUAUCACACACACUGGCGUUGAGCAGAACUGUUUCAUUGAGCUAAUGUUUUACAAUGAACGAAGCUACAAGCAUUAGCUUUGGAAGAACAGACUUUGGAUGUUGUUUUGUGGUCUUUAAAGAAGGGAUGGUACAAACAAAUGUUUUGUCGAGGAAGUUGAUUGAACUGGUGCCUUGCUGUGAAACAUAUAGGCUACGCUACCAUGCUACCAUUUGGGGUCAGUGAGAUUUUUUUUUUUUUUUUUGAAAGAAAUUGUUUGAAAGAAAGUCACCAUUUCCAUAAUUUAAGCAGCACAACUGUUUUCAACAUUCAUAAUACUAGGAAAUGUUUCUUUAGCACCAUUAGCAUAUUAGAAUGAU